ACAAACAGAUAAAUAGAAUGGAGGCAAUGACGUAAAAUAAAUAAAUGACUGAAUGAAGUAAUAAAUAAUAAAAGGUUAGAUAAACAAGAGCAGCAGCCCUGUUGCGGAACCCCGUGUCUCCUCCAGGCGGCAGCUCAGCAGCUCGAGCCACAGACUUCCAGUCGCUAUCGGAGCCUCCGCGUCUGCCAGGCCCUGCUCUUUAAACACAGAGGAAUCUCACCUCUGGACCGGAGUUGCAAACACUUUACGAUAAUGCCCACGAUAAAACUACAGAGCUCCGAUGGAGAGAUCUUCGAAGUGGAUGUGGAGAUAGCCAAACAGUCUGUCACCAUUAAGACCAUGUUAGAAGAUUUGGGAAUGGACGACGAAGGAGACGAUGACCCAGUUCCCCUCCCGAAUGUAAACGCCGCCAUCCUCAAGAAGGUGAUUCAGUGGUGCACUCAUCACAAAGACGACCCCCCUCCCCCUGAGGACGAUGAGAACAAGGAGAAGAGGACGGACGACAUCCCUGUCUGGGACCAGGAGUUCCUCAAAGUGGACCAGGGCACCUUGUUUGAGCUCAUCCUGGCCGCCAACUACUUGGACAUCAAAGGUCUGUUAGAUGUCACCUGCAAGACGGUGGCCAACAUGAUUAAAGGCAAAACCCCGGAGGAGAUCCGGAAGACUUUCAACAUCAAGAAUGAUUUCACAGAGGAGGAAGAAGCCCAGGUACGCAAAGAGAACCAGUGGUGUGAAGAGAAGUGAGAGGAGAUCCGGCCAACACUACCACACUGAAUAGGAACUGUCCCGCUGAUGGUCGCACUGGUUUUGUUCAUACUUGUCAAUAUUUACAUUUAGUAUAUUUAGAGCCCCCUCCCCUCCCUUCCCCUUAUUGCUCUGCACCCCAUAGCAUGACCAUUUUUAACUUGCCUGUGUAUUUUGUCAUUAUUUAAACAAAGAAGCUCUUCUGUUCCCACACACACACACACACACACACACACACACACACACACACACACACACACACACACACACACACACACUGUGUAAUCACAUACAAUAAAUAGUUCUGGUUUUCA